AGUGCUGCAGGGACAUGAGUGGCCCCAUCUUUAGGCAACAGGUGCCUAGGCACCCUACGGCUCUGCAGCAUGUGUCUGCCGCGUGUUCGAGAUGAGGAGCCCGCCCAAGUCUACCCAGAAGGAACACGAAGGCGCCACACUUCGGAUGUUUCUACCAGGCAGUCUUUGGAUAAACGUAUCCACUACAUGCAAAACCUAAGGAAGGAGAAGAGGAAAUUGGGAAAAAGGUUUGCAAGGCCUGCCCCCGUUCCAGAUCCAGGAAUUACAUGGUCAUCCGAAUAAGCCUGGAGUCUUCUAGAUGAACCUAUUCUCUAGAUGAAAAUAUGUGGAAUUCUGACAUUGAAAAACAGGUCAUGGCUUGGCUUCAUCUGAAGAAUAAAGGAAUGUUCC